AUGCCCAGCUACCCAGAAAGCAAAAAAGAGUUUUGCAAGAAGCCCAAAUACAUCAUAGUUGCUGUUGCUGUUGCUGUUGUCCUUGCUUCGGUGAUUGUCUUUUUCAUAGGCUUUGCCGUUGGGAGAGCAAAGAGCUCUGAUGGUGUUUCCCCGCAACCUCGUGUUGUAUGGUGUCCGAAUAAAUGGAUUUUGCAUCAAGAUACCUGUUUAUACCGUUCAAAUGAAGAAAAGAAUUGGACGAGUAGUCAAACCUUUUGCUCGUUACAUAAUGCUUCCUUGGCUAGGAUUGGAAAUGAGGAAAAGGAUUUAAUGCGUUUUGUAAUGCUUCUCAGAGGCAAGGAUCCUCUUUGGAUUGGUCUUAUGAGAGAGCCCAAUCAGCCCUGGAAAGGGCCACACGGAGAAAAAGCAACGUUGGAGGUUCUUGGAAAUGGAGGUGAUUGUGCAUAUUUAAAUGAUGAAGCCAAAGCCAGCAGCUCGAAGUGCGACAUAGAACAUCACUGGCUCUGCAGGAAAACUGACCCAUCAAAAACCUGAAAUGAAACAUAGACGCCCUAAACGGUUUGGGGCCAGGUUAUUUGAAGGAACGCCUCCUCCCAUACGUACCUGCCCGGACCUUAAGAUCAUCUACAG